AAUGAUUAAUGUUGUUGUUGUUGUUGCUGGUUAUUGGUUAUCGAUUAAAAAACACUAAUAGUUCAUUGUGUUUUUUUUUUCGUCACAAGUUUAGAUGCUUGCCAUAUGCUUAAAUUAAUUUUCUCUUUCAAAAUCAUCAUCAUCAUUUUUUUUUUAUUUAAAACAUCCGACUUUUUAAGCUCAAUGAUUAUAUGUUGAUUUUUUCUUGUAAUAAUAAAAUUAUUUAUUCUCAUCAUCAAAUUGAAUCUUGUGAUUGUGUGUGUUUAAAAUUUUUUUUUAACAGAAAAAAAUGUCUGGUAAACGAAUUGCCAUCAUUGGAGCCGGAGCAACCGGUAUGACAUCGGUGAAAGCGUGUUUGGAACAAGAAUUACAACCAAUUGUUUUUGAAAAAACCAAUUAUACCGGUGGUUUAUGGCGUUAUAAAGAAAAUGUUGAUGAAAAUGGUAUUGCAUCGGUAAUGAAAUCAACAAUUAUUAAUUCAAGUAAAGAAAUGUCAGCAUUUUCCGAUUUUCCACCGCCAGAUGAUUAUCCGAAUUAUAUGCAUAAUACAAAAAUGGUUGCUUAUUUUGAUUUGUAUGCGGAAAAAUUCAAUUUCAACAAAUAUGUUCGAUUUCGUCAUGAAGUAUUGGCAUUAGAAUUAGCCGAUGAUUAUGAACAAACUGGUCGUUGGAAACUUCGUGCACGUAAUCUUGAUACAAUGGAAAUAUUUGAAGAUAUCUAUGAUGGCGUAAUGGUUUGUACCGGUCAUCAUGGUACCAUAUCGAUGCCCAUGUUUCCCGGCCAAGAACAAUUUAAAGGUCGUAUUAUUCAUACACAUUCAUUGAAACAUUCGAAAGGAUUUGAUGAUGAAAAUGUUGUCGUCGUUGGAAUCGGUAAUUCAGGUGGUGACGCUGCCGUUGAAUUAUCAUAUGUAGCCAAACAGGUCUAUCUUUCUACACGUACCGGAUCAUGGAUAUUUAAUCGUGUUGGUCCGAAUGGACAACCAUUUGAUCAGCUAAUGCAUCGUCGAAUUGUCAAUGAAUUUUUUCGACGUAUACCAUAUUCACUUACAUGUUCAGUACUGGAACUGCAGCUUAAUUCUACUUUUAAUCAUGAAGAUUAUCAAUUGAAACCUAAACAUCGUGUUCUUUCACAACAUAUUAUGGUCAAUGAUACUUUACCUAAUCGAAUUUUGUCUGGAACGGUUAAAGUAAAAAGCGAUAUCGAUCAUUUUACUGAAAAUGGUGUCGUAUUCAAAGGUGAAAACAAAGGAACACCUUGCGAUACUGUGAUCAUGGCGACUGGAUAUAAAGUUCAUUUUCCAUUUAUAUCGGAAACAUUGAUUCCUGUUUAUAAAAACCAAGUACGUCUCUAUAAAUAUCAAUUUGCUCCACAUUUGAAACAUCCACAUACAUUGACAUUUAUAUCGUUGGCACAACCGAUCGGAGCAUUGUUACCGAUUGGAGAACUACAAGCACGAUGGUUUUCAUUAUUAAUGGCCGGUAAACUUAAAUUACCUGAUCGAGAAACAAUGGAACGUGAUUGUGAUGCUAAAGUGGAAUAUAAUAAACGUUUCUAUGAAUCUGAACGACAUACCAUUCAAUGUGAUUGGAUUAAUUUUAUGGAUGAAAUAUCCGAACAAGUAGGCUGUAUGCCACCUGUAUGGAAAUAUCUUUUUACGGAUUUUAAAUUAUUCAUAAGCAUGAUGUUUGGUCCAUGUGUUCCAUAUCAAUAUCGAUUGGUGGGGCCAAAUUCAUGGCCAGGAGCACGUGAAGCCAUAUUGACGGCUACAAAACGUAUUCAAGCACCAUUGAAAACAAAUUUAGCAAUCAAACGACAAUCAGAUUGUGGACGAUUUUUGAAAAAUUUAAGCCUUGUACAUUUGCUUAUAUUGUUGGCAUUUGUUGCUAUAUUCUCUUUUAUCAUUGUUACGCUAAAUGCUUUGUUUUAAAUUAAUGUUAUUGUUUUUAACUUUCUCAACUUCAUCAUCAACAUAUAGGAUUAUAAAUACAUCAUUUAUUGGUGAAUGAUAAAAUAUUAAAGAUUAUCAUUAUCAUUA